ACAUAGUUAGCUAUAAUUGGAAGAAUCACCCUGGCAGCCCAUAUUGAGGGAAAAGAAGUCUCAGCACACAGGCGCUUUUUACAUCGCUCUAACGUAAAACGUCAUCUCUGUGCGGCCGAGUUGGAAAGAUGGCACCUUCCCCAACAAAGAGGAAGGAGGACGACAAGAGUAAACAGCGUGGUAAGGAGAAGUCCGGUACCACAAAAGAAGGAGCUGAUAAAGGCCGCGGCCGAGACAAGAACCGCACAAGACGCAGUGCCUCCAGUGGGAGCAGCAGCUCCAGCAGCAGCUCAGGAUCCAGCUCAGGUUCGUCUAGUGGCUCCAGCUCCUCUGCCUCCAGCCACUCAGGCUCAUCCAGCUCCCGCUCAUCUUCCUCAUCCUCCUCAUCCUCCUCUCCAAGCCCAAGCCGCCAGCGCCACAACAACAGACGUCGCUCACGCUCCAAGUCAAAAUCAGCCAAGAAGGACGACAGGGACCGACGACGCAGGAGCCCCACACCCAAACCGACCAAGGUGUACCUGGGGCGACUCACCAGAAAUGUCAUCAAGGAACACAUCCAGGAAAUAUUCUCUACCUAUGGCAAGAUCAAGAUGAUUGACAUGCCUAUGAAUCGGAUCCACCCUCACCUGUCCAAAGGCUACGCCUAUGUGGAGUUUGAGACUGCUGAGGAGGCAGAGAAGGCCCUAAAGCACAUGGAUGGAGGUCAGAUUGAUGGUCAGGAGAUCACUGUCACAGCUGUGCUGGCUCCCACAGUGCGCCCCCCACCACGCAGAUUCUCCCCUCCCCGGAGGAUGCCUCCUCCACCACCAAUGUGGCGACGCACCCCGCCUCGCAUGAGGAGGAGGUCUCGGUCUCCACGGCGGCGCUCUCCAGUACGUCGCAGAUCUAGGUCGCCUGGUCGACGUCGACACCGAUCUCGCUCCAGCUCUAACUCCUCCCGCUAGUUCAUUGGAAGCUUCUUCUCCUCCUCCCUGGAUCCGCCUCUCUACUGUGUCAUUUAUAUCAGUGUCAACAACAAAAAAAGACAAAAAAAUGUAACCCUUUUAUUUUUAAUUGCCCAAAAUCUAAGAUGACGCACAAACACAAAUGAUUACUUUGUUGUGACAAAUCAUUUCUUUAACUUCUGUAUAAUGAUUAAAGUUUCUUGAUCAAUGUUUUGACUUUCAGAAACAACAGAGAAAUUAAGUCAUCACUAACUUCUUCUUCUCCUGCACACAUUUAAGGUGACCCAGUGUCAAGGUCAGAUUUAUGUUUAGACAAACUCCUAAAAUCUCAUGCUGUUUUUGUAAAUCACUUACAACAUUUGAGCCACUUCUACCACUGAUGUAGUGAGUCAGCAGGCUUACUAUUGCACCACUACUGUCUCGUCAUUUGAACAUGCUGGAUUGAUAUUUCUCCACUCUUCUUUUCAUGUUGCCUUAGUUAAAAUGUCUCAUUCAGAAAGAUCUGCUGAUUCUGUUUUAACUACUCUUCAAAUUCAAGCAGCUAAACUGUAGUAAAAGUGCAAAAACAAGUGAAACAGUUAAUUAACUUCUGAUACUGACUUGAUUUUAGCGUCUGUGUUCUCUUUUCUGAAGCAGUAAGUUGACAAAAAACUUGAGAACAGAGCUAUCAGUGUUCUCUGGAGUCACUUUUAAUUUUUUUAAGACUUGCACUGAGUUAUUGAUGAAGUACAGAUCCUGAUCAGUGCCACUGUUUGUACUUAAGUUUUAAUUAUUUGUACCUUUCAAGACAACUCUUUCUGUAGCCCUGGAGUUUGUUUGCUAACAUUGUUGCAGAAUCACAAUAAAAAGGAACCUUUACUAGUGAGACUAGUUCAGUUAAACACCUAUUAGUAAGUGUCAUUUCUAGAGUUGUGAUAAAACCAUUGGCAUUAUUAUAUGGUCAGUAGAAUGUGGACGUAGUGGGUCAUCCAUUGUUUCUUUAUCUCUUGAUUUUGAAGUCUCUGAAUUUUUGAUCCAGGCUUUUGUGGUUUUACUUUUUGGAGUGUGUUGGUUGUAUAGAUUUGUUCUCAUCAAUGGUGGACUAAUGCUAACUGCUUGAAUUUGCUUUCAGUGUGUGAUGUGUAUAAACGUGAUUUUUUUUGUACUUCUCCCAUAAGUUGUCUUUAGUAUUAUCGACUGUUCAUGGUCCAGCUUGUUCCAACAAAUUACAUUAAAGUUCACGGUUUGAACAGAAAAA